CAGCCCAGGAGUUAAAGUCACUGUUUGAAAAAAAAUCCCUCAAAGAGAAGCCUCCAAGUUCCGGAAAGCAGUCAAUAUUAUCUGUACGCCUGGAGCAGUGCCCUCUGCAGUUGAAUAACCCCUUUAAUGAGUAUUCCAAAUUCGAUGGCAAGGGUCAUGUAGGUACAACAGCAACCAAGAAGAUUGAUGUCUACCUCCCCCUGCACUCAAGCCAGGACAGACUGCUGCCAAUGACUGUGGUGACAAUGGCCAGCGCCAGGGUGCAAGACCUGAUUGGGCUCAUCUGUUGGCAGUAUACAAGCGAAGGACGGGAGCCGAAGCUCAAUGACAACGUCAGUGCCUACUGCCUGCAUAUUGCUGAGGAUGAUGGGGAGGUGGACACAGAUUUCCCCCCGCUGGAUUCCAAUGAGCCCAUUCAUAAGUUUGGCUUCAGUACUUUGGCCCUGGUUGAAAAGUAUUCGUCUCCUGGUCUGACAUCCAAAGAGUCACUCUUUGUUCGAAUAAAUGCUGCUCAUGGAUUCUCCCUUAUUCAGGUGGACAACACAAAGGUCACAAUGAAAGAAAUCUUGCUAAAGGCAGUGAAGCGAAGAAAGGGAUCUCAGAAAAUUUCAGGCCCUCAGUACCGCCUAGAGAAGCAGAGUGAGCCCAAUGUCGCCGUUGACCUGGAGAGCACUUUGGAGAGCCAGAGCGCGUGGGAGUUCUGCCUCGUCCGCGAGAACAGUUCAAGGGCAGAUGGGGUUUUUGAGGAGGAUUCUCAAAUUGACAUAGCCACAGUACAGGAUAUGCUUAGCAGCCACCAUUACAAGUCAUUCAAAGUCAGCAUGAUCCACAGACUGCGAUUCACGACCGACGUGCAGUUAGGUAUCUCUGGAGACAAAGUAGAGAUAGACCCUGUUACAAAUCAGAAAGCCAGCACUAAGUUUUGGAUUAAGCAGAAACCCAUCUCAAUCGAUUCUGACCUGCUCUGUGCCUGUGACCUUGCUGAAGAAAAAAGCCCCAGUCACGCAAUAUUUAAACUCACGUAUCUAAGCAAUCACGACUAUAAACACCUCUACUUUGAAUCGGACGCUGCUACCGUCAAUGAAAUCGUGCUCAAGGUUAACUACAUCCUGGAAUCACGAGCAAGCACUGCCCGGGCUGAAUAUUUUGCUCAAAAACAAAGAAAACUGAAUAGACGUACAAGCUUCAGCUUCCAGAAGGAGAAGAAAUCCGGGCAGCAAUGACACUGACCUCCAGUCUCAACCUGCUGCCAUAGCUCAGAGCCUGCCUGCCAGGGCCAGGUGCCCGAGAGUCCACCCUGUGCUCUGCAGUCCUUGUGGGGAGGCCAGCCCCCGGCUCAUGGGCACAGGGCUGGUGGGCUCUUGGGGAAGGUGCAAGGGGGCACCCUAGGAGGGAGCGCUGGGGACCUUGCCAGGGGACCGAAGCCUGCUUGGCAAUGGCUUUGAUUAGCAAUGCCCGGGGGCCAGACCACCCCCUAGAGGAGCCACGUGCUGCCCAGCCGUCUUCACUGCCUGACGACCUGCCCAGGAUGUACAUAGCCGUGCCCAGACACGUCCUUGCAACUCGAUCAAAUUUCUUAAAGCAAACAAAGAACAAAAAUGUACAUUUCUGGUUUUCCUUUUAAUAAACAGGUGUACUCUUUAUCA